AUGAGCGAUAGGACCACUCAUAUCACAUACAAUGGCACCAAACUAUCCAGUGGUCAGAGGGCUUAUUGGGUCGUAAGGGUGUGGGAUCAGGAGGACAGGCAGAGUGACAAUAGUCGGGUAGCCUUUUGGGACAAAGGGCUGGACAUCAGUGACUGGACGGCCGAAUGGGUCGGCGCUCCGAACGGUACUCAACACAAGGCGUUAGAAAACAUAUCAGAAAUCGACGCAAAUGUAAUCAAAUCACUGCCGGCUUUACGACCAGUACUUCAGUUAAGAAAAGACUUCACAAUUGACUCAAACAUAAAGUCAGCGAAACUGUACGCUUCGGCACAAGGCGUCCAUAAAAUACAACUAAACGGCAAAUACAUCGGCGAUGAUGUCAUGAGUCCCGGUUGGACUGAUUAUAAUCAGACCAUUCAGUACCAGACAUACGAUGUCAAGACAUUACUUAAUAACGCACAAAAUGUACUGGAUGUCAAACUAGGCACAGGGUGGCACAGUGGUUAUGUGGGUUUUAGUGGUGCAUAUAAUUACUACGGAACCGAUCAAUACUUGUUACUUGAAUUACACAUAACUUAUGAAAACAAUAAGACAUUAAUUGUUAAGUCAGACAACACUUGGAAAGUGACUACCGGUGCCAUAAUGUACUCCGAUAUACUAAUGGGAGAACUUUAUUAUCAAAACAGAGAACUACAAGAUAGCACUCAAUGGACAGCCGUUGUGACCAAACCUAUAAACAAAACAGUGGCACAUAUAGCAGACAGAGCUCAGCCUAUUCGGGUGACAGAGGAGUUGAUCCCUAUAUCUAAGCGACAAAUAAGUCCCGGGGUUUGGAUCUUAGACUUUGCACAGAAUAUGGUUGGAUGGGUUGGGAUCAAAGUGCCGAAGAAUCACAAGUCUAUGAGAAUUCAGUUAAGAUAUGCCGAAGCACUCAAUCGCGACGGCAGUAUCUAUACAAAGAACUAUGGAUCGGCCCGAUCUAUAGACACGUUUGUUAUUGAAGACUCGGGCGUAUCAGGUAUUUCGGUUGAGACUCACUUCACAUACCACGGCUGGCAGUAUAUAGAGGUCAGUGGCUUUCCGGGCGAACCCCAGUUGACUGACUUUGUGGGUCGUGUCGCCCAUACGGACACCCCAUUCACCGGUAAAUUUGAGUCCGACAACAAACUCCUGAACCGUUUGUGGCUAAACGUGUUAUGGAGUCAAAAGGGGAACAUAUGGUCCAUACCUACGGACUGUCCCCAAAGGAGCGAGAGGUUGGGUUGGAUGGGCGACGCGGCGACUAUCAUACAUACUGCCAGUUAUAACGCAGACGUUGCGGCCAUAUAUAGCAAAUGGCUCCGGGAUGUGAGGGAAGCCGUUGGCAAUGGCGGCCACUUCUCGCUUAUAUCCCCCCGAUUUGGGGAAUUCAGUGAUGCGGCGCCGGCAUGGGGUGAUGCGGGCGUUAUAGUGCCCUAUCAUUUAUGGCGUAUGUUUGGAGACAAACAGAUACUGGAAGUCAGUUACGAGUCGAUGAAGACAUGGGUGGCCGACAUAAAGGCCGCAAAUCCUAACUUCUUAUGGACUCAAAUGACUUUUGCUAAUUUUGGUGACUUUUUGGAAGUGAACGCCCAGACACCCAAAGAUGUAUUUGAUACGUCCUUUUUUGGUUACGACGCCCUACUUAUGACCCGAAUGGCCGGUGCUCUCAACCGCACCGAUGACGUGAAGCGAUACUCAAGCCGUGUAUGUGUUUUCAACCGCACCGAUGACGUGAAGUUUUACACUGAAUUGCAUACAAAUAUCUCGAAUGCCUUCACAAAAGCAUUUGUCAACACAACUGACGGCAAAAUCAAAGGCGAUACUCAAGCCGUGUAUGUGUUAGCCCUGGCCUUCGAUCUCUUACCCCAAAACCUGAGACCACUUGCGGUCAACCAUUUGGUCGACAAUAUUAAGGCCCACGACUACCACUACACCAAUGGGUUUAUCAGCGUUGGUUUUUCAAACGAGGUUCUGGUGAAGUAUGGGCACCGGGAUGUGGCAUAUCGGCUGCUAUUACAGGAGACCUUUCCCUCGUGGGGGUACGAAAUAGCCAACAACGCGACUGCAAUGUGGGAGCACUGGGAUAAUGGGCUCAGGGAUAAGGAGUUUAAUGAUAACGAAGAUCCGCCAUUGAAUUCAUUCAAUCACUACGCUAUGGGAUCAAUAGGCCGAUGGAUCUACCAAUACGUAGCCGGCAUUGACACCGACAACCAAAUGGUGGGCUUUAAACGAAUCAAAAUACAGCCCAACCCCGGGAAUGGUGUCUCGUUUGUGAAGUCCUCUUAUAAGUCAAUCAAUGGGUUCAUUGAGAACUCGUGGCAAACAAUAGGCAAUCAAUUCGUGUUGAAUACAACAAUUCCCGUCAAUACUAUGGCUUCUGUUGACUUAACCUUUGCUAAGAGUGGGAAAGUGCAUGAAGUGGGCUCCGGGACCUAUACCUUCAAUGUUACCAUGGAUUAA